AUGUUACCUGUCUCCUCUUGGGUGGACAGUGGUUUAAAUCAUAAUAACAACAAUAUAAUGUCGACAAUUACAAGUCCAUGGAUGUCUAUGCUAUCAACACCUACUCAUCACUCUAUUUCCACCUCUUCUAACUCUACUAUGAGUAGUCAUUUAUCAUCAUACACUACUGAUCCAACAAAAUCUAUGGAAAAUUUUUUGGAUAAUGAUAUUUUAAAUCUAGCAGCUGUCGGCAUGUCACGAUCAAAUUCACAGCCCGAUUUAACAACGUUACAGUCGUUAAUGAAUCGACGAACACUAUCUGAAUGUUCAGAUGAUUUAUAUCUAGAUAUGGGUAAUGGAACGGGAAAUAGUAAUACGAUCGAUGAUAUGUUCUUAGGUAUCGAAGCUGAUUUCAUUAAUUCAAACAUCUCUGAUUUUCUCGACUACGAUUUACCCGAUUGUCUAGAUUCGUACGUGGUGAAUAGUGACACGAAAUCAUUAAAUAAUUAUUCAUCUUUUUUCGAUUUUUCAACGCAAACACCUCAAAAUAGUUUUCCACUACAAUUACAACAAACACAACAACCAAUUUUACUUGAGACCACAUUAUCUACAGUACAACAACAGCAAACAAUCGGCGAUUCAACAUCUACGAGUUCUCGUCCAAGUCGAAGUGCACCACCAAGUCCAAAACAAGUACGAAAAAAACAACGUUCAUCAAUCACUAAAACAUGGGCAAAAAUGUCACCAGAUGAACAAUCAAAUACUAUCACAGAAUUGACAACAAUUAUCAAUGAACAAUUGGGACGUCGUGAACAAUUAGAAAUUAUUCGCAUUUUACAACCAGACGGUGUACAAAUUCAAAAAAAUCAGACUGAAUUUAUCUUAGAUUUUCAAUCAAUGAAUGAUGAAAAAUAUCGACGUAUUCGAAAUAUUAUCAAAUUUAAUGUUGAAACCUUUAAUGAUAAUACUUGUAAUACUAAACAGGACACUCUCUCGGAGACAAAUAGUCUCUCAAAUAAAUCAUCAUCAGCAAAUUCUGGUGGUACGAACAGUCAACAAGAUCCAUUGAAACGAAUCGAGAAAAUUCUACGAUUACGUCAACGUAAAGAACAGCGGCAAGCAAUGAAAGAACAAAAAUCGGGUCUUUUUUUAAAACAUGAAGUGAUGGAAUUGACGAAAUGUGAUGAAGAUAUUGAAGUCGAUAUUUUGUCUUGA